GUACAAAAAAAAUUUCUCUCAGGGUUUCCUCUCAAAUUCCCCAACUUGGCCUCUGUUUUUUUUCUUUCUUAUGUUCACUUUCUCCUCCUCUUCUCUGAAAAACCCAUUUCAUACUUCCAAAAUUUUCUCUCCCAAAAGAGCAAGAACACAAAAUGUAUGCAGAUUCUGGGUUAAUGCUCCGUUACAUGCAAAACUGUGCUCCAGAUAUUCACCAAUUUGAAGACCUCUUCAAAUCAUACAAGCUCUCCAAUGAAAUGAACAACACUUUUGCUGAGUCAUCACACAUACCUGAGUAUGAUAUUGGAGAAGAAGGAGAUCUAUUUAAAGCUCCUGAUCCAAUUCUUGAAGAAUCAAUCCUAGCCGUUGAUCCACUCUCAGCCGCUUUAACGAUGAUCUCUUGCGGCGAAGACACUUCACAAGGGCUUUGUGAGCUUCCUGAUCUCGAUCUUGGGUCACUGCAGAGUGGUCAACAGCUUCUGGACAAAGCUUUCUAUGAAUGUGAGCAAGAUCUCAUGAUGAAAUCAGCUAUGGAGUCUCCAUUCUCUGAUGUUUUAGACAUCAAGAACAUCUCUGUGGUGACGACAAUCGAUGAGAACCAGGAUAUGCAGAAGAGCGUAAGCUCAGGGAAUUUGAGCUCUAUGGAUUGGUCACAGGCACAGCAAGAAACUGUUGUGAUUCAGAAUUUCCCUGACUUUUCUCAGUUGGAUUUUGGUUCUGUUUAUGGGAUGCGAAGAGCCUUUAGUGAAGGCGACAUACAGAAACUCGGGACAGGUCUUGUUCAAUCUCCAUUGGACAGGAUUAUUGUGAGCUGUACAUCAGAGGAUCGUCGUGAGAAGCUUUCUCGAUACAAGAACAAGAAGAGCAGGCGAAAUUUCGGGCGCAAAAUCAAGUAUGCUUGUAGGAAAGCUCUAGCAGAUAGCCAACCAAGGAUCCGAGGAAGGUUUGCGAAAACAGAAGAGAGGAACUAGAAUGGUUUCAAAGGAAUGGGACUAAGCAAAAGGAAGAAACUUGAAUAAUAAGGAGACAAAGCCCAUCUCAUUAGAAACUAGUUUUGUUAUAUAUAUAAUAUAUGUGUAAGUGUAAACUUCAAAUGUGAUAAGCAUCCAGUUAGUUUGUAUAUAAGGGUAUCUCUGAAUAAGCUUGUAAGGAAAGAAAUUGUAGCUACAGAAGUGAUGUAAUGGUGGUGAGAGAUGUAGAUAUAAUUAUAAUUUUAAAUAUUUAUAUUACACUAUGUUAGAUCCUGUGAAAUAAAAGGUGUUUGAUGUUUCUUUG